UAAAGAACUCAAGCGAACUAUUCUGCUGAUAACAUAUCGGACUUGGGCAGAGUUCGUAAAGCGCAUAUGCGUGCAUGUAUCUAUAGUAUGCGUCACGCAUACUGUAAGGAAAUGCGCGAGGAAUUCUAUGUGCUUUACGGAAUUCGGCCUAUCCUAUGUGUCAUAAGAGAUCGUCGACUGCUCGAAGUACAAGAUUGUCUGUCCGAAAAUAAUUUUUUAAUACACAACAGUUUAAAAAUUGUGACAAUUUUGAUAUAUGAUUUAAUUUAGAAAUGACUCAUGCAAAAAAUGGGCACAAUGCCCCUAAAAAACCAAAGUAUAAUACAGUGGUUAAAGAUUACUCGAACAAUAUUGUGACAGAAAUUGAUAAUUGUAAGAUUAUGAUGCCGAACAAAGAAUCUUACAACUUAACGAGAAAAAAUCAUGAAACAGAAGCAUUAAACUCUCUUGAAAAUAAUAACAAUGAGAAUGAUAAUAAUGCAAAUAGUAUAAGAAUGAAGCAAAUAAUGAUAAUAUUAUCCUUUGCGUGUGUCAUGAUUUUAUUUUUAUGUCAUCUCAGUUUUCCAAUUUUGUCUAUGAUUACAAAUUCAAUGCUCACCACCAUGAAUGAUUAUAGUGUAAAAAUACAGUUUACAAUUUUUAUACCUAACAAUACUGACAAAAAGACAGAGUACCAGGAUAUAUUAGUGGAUACUUUUGAUACUCACAUUGAACAACAAAAGUAUGAUUAUAAAGUAGUACCUUUAAGGAAAGAAAAUUUAUUUGAACAAAACACGUUUAAUAAUACUCAACAAUGCACCAAUAUUCCUGAAAUAUUACGCUUUGAUUGUCAUCCAGAGGAUGGAGCAUCGCAACUUUCCUGUACAAAUAGAGGAUGUUGUUGGAAUUCUAUUGACAGAAAUAAAAUUACAGGACAUGUGCCACUUGCUAUUCCUUAUUGUUAUUAUCCUCAGGAUUGGAAUCUGUAUAAAUAUAUUAAUCAGAGUAAAGAUGGUAGUGACUUCUUAGGUUUUCUCAAGCAAGAGAAAAAAUCUCCUUAUAAGAAUGAUGUCCCUCUUGUAAAGAUAGAGGCUACAAGUAUAGACAGUUCAAUCCUGCGUGUAAAAAUGUAUGAUCCCUUGAAAAACCGAUAUGAACCACCAUGGCCAAUUAGAUCAAACCCAAAACCAUUUUUAUCUAAAAUUACCAACACAACAUAUCAAUUUAACAGUGAUAAUGUAAAACCUGGGUUUAAGGUCGACAGAGUUAGUGAUGGAACAACAUUAUUUAAUUCCAUUGGGAUUGGAGGUUUCAUAUUUGCUGAUCAAUUUCUGCAAAUAACUACAUUAUUACCAACAAAUAAUAUUUAUGGUAUUGGUGAACACAGAUCAAGUUUAAAAUUAAAUACUAAUUGGCAAUCAUUUACUUUAUUCAACAAAGAUCAACCACCAACAGAAAAUGCAAAUUUAUAUGGAUCUCAUCCAUUUUAUAUUGUUGUGGAAAAUUCUGGAAUGGCUCAUGGAGUUUUAUUUUUAAACAGUAACGCUAUGGAUGUGAUAUUGCAGCCUACGCCGGCUAUAACAUUUAGGACAAUUGGUGGUAUUUUCGAUAUAUAUUUUUUCUUGGGACCAACUCCAGCUGAUGUUGUAAAACAAUAUUCUGAGAUUGUGGGUAAACCAUUCAUGCCACCUUAUUGGUCUCUUGGCUUCCACUUAUGCAGAUUUGGAUAUAGAACCUUAGAAGAAACUAAAGCAGUUUGGAACAGAACAAGAGCAGCUGGAAUUCCAUUUGAUACUCAAUGGAAUGAUUUGGAUUACAUGGACAAAAACAAUGACUUUACAUACAAUAAAGAGAAAUUUAAAGAUUUGCCUAAAUUUAUAGAAGAAAUUCAUUCAGUAGGAAUGCACUACAUUCCUUUAAUAGAUGCUGGUAUAUCCGCUUCCGAAAAAAAUGGUUCUUAUCCACCAUACGACGAGGGAAUAAAACAGGAUAUAUUCAUAAAAGACGGUAUAACGUCUAAACCUUUUGUUGGCAAAGUCUGGAAUUCAGUCUCCACGGUGUGGCCCGAUUUUACAAAUCCUGAAACGAUGGAAUAUUAUGCAAAUAUGAUGGGCAAUAUGCACGACAGUUUUGCAUAUGAUGGUGCAUGGAUUGAUAUGAAUGAACCAUCCAACUUCUAUAAUGGUCAUAAAAACGGUUGUGUGUAUAAUCAUCUGGAUUUUCCCGAAUAUUUACCCAAUGUUGUCGGAGAUUUGCUCGCUACAAAGACUUUGUGCAUGAAUGCAAAACAUUAUUUAGGAUCUCAUUAUGAUCUUCACAAUACUUAUGGAAUAAGUCAAGCGAUUUCCACAAAUUAUGCCCUCAGGAAAAUCAGACAGAAGAGACCAUUUAUAAUUUCGCGUUCGACGUGGGUAGGACACGGUCAUUAUGCUGGCCAUUGGACGGGUGACAUUUAUUCAACAUGGCAUGAUUUAAGAAUGGGCAUUCCAGCCAUUUUGACCCUCAAUUUCUAUCAAAUUCCAAUGGUGGGCGAGGACAUUUGCGGUUUUAAUGGAAACACGACUAUAGCAUUGUGCAAUCGCUGGAUGCAACUUGGUGCUUUCUAUCCAUUCUCUCGAAAUCAUAAUUCAGACGAUACAAUUGAACAGGAUCCAGUUGCAAUGGGAGACUUGGUUGUACAAUCGUCAAAGAGCGCUCUCAAAAUACGUUAUCGACUUUUACCAUAUUUAUAUACUUUAUUCUUCAGAGCACAUAGAUUCGGUGAAACAGUGGCACGUCCAUUAUUUUUUGAGUUUAUCGAUGAUCUAAAAACUUACGACAUUGAUACGCAAUUUCUUUGGGGAAGUGCGCUUAUGAUUAAUCCAGUUCUUGAAGAAAAUAAAACUAAUAUAGAUGUUUAUGUACCAUAUGGCCUAUGGUAUGAUUAUUAUAGUCUCGAUUCCUUCUUUUCCUUUGGAACAUAUCAUACAUUAUAUGCACCAAUCGAUAAAAUACCAUUAUUGAUUCGUGGAGGCUCGAUUCUUCCAGCACAGAAGCCGGGUGCAACAACCACAGAAAGCAGAGAAAAUAAUUUUGAAUUGAUAGUAUCAUUAAAUGAAGCUGGGAAUGCCAAAGGAGAACUGUAUUGGGAUGAUGGUGAUAGUAUAGAUUCCAUAAGAAAGGAGGAAUAUUUGUGGUUAUCUUUCACUGCAAACACAUCCAGCUUACUCAACAUUAAAAUGGAUGGCUCUUUUUUUAAUAAAGAGGUGAUUCUUGGGAAAGUUCAGAUUUUGGGAAUAGAGGAACAAGUGUCCCAAGUAUUUCUAAAUCAGAAUGAGAUAGGAUUUAAAUACGAGCCUUAUACAGCAAGUCUGAGUAUCAUUGACCUGCAAGUGGACAUGAGACAAUUAUUUGUAUUUUAUUGGUUUUAUGAAGAAGAAUACAGUGACAUAGAAUCUCUCUGAUUUUAAUCUCUAUAAUUUCACUAAUUUCAUAUAAAUUUUCUCGAUUAUGCACGUAAAUCUCAUAACUCUUAUAAAUACUAAUUAAUGCAACAUUUGUGAUAUAUGGUUAAAUGAAAAUAUAUUUACAUAUAAGUUUGUUAUACAUAUAUGAGUGAUAUGUAUUUUAAACGUAUAUUUUAAUAUCAUACGUAUUAAGUAUCAUACUUUGAGAUACAUUUUUUCUCUUGAAUAAAAAAAUGUGAAAACAUUUGUUACUGUUUGUGUAAUUGUGGAAUAAUACAUAAAAACCACAUUGAUUAAAGGAGACAAGUGAGUAAAGAAACAUGUUUAUUCAAAUUGUCUUCUCUCAUAUACAAUAUACAUAUAUAAAUAUGACUAUUAUUUAUGGCACUAACGAAAAACAAUGGUAUUCUAAUUUUAACUGUAAAAAUAUGAGAAGAAAGUAAUAUCGUAAUGAUAAUGUAAUUUGGUAAUUUCGUAGGAAAAUGAUGUGAACAAUAAAAUUCGCAGAGAAACAUGUAUAGAACAUGGACCACAUUA